GCGGGGCGGGCGAGCAGUGACUCCGGCGGGGCCGGCGCCGAGCAUCCCACAGCCGGAGCCAGCGGCCAGCCGAGCUGAGCCCAGCCCAGCCGCCAGCAUGCCCAAGUGCCCCCGCUGCCAGAAGGAGGUCUACUUCGCCGAGAAGGUGACUUCUCUGGGGAAGGACUGGCACCGGCCUUGCUUGAGAUGCGAGAAGUGUAACAAGACCCUGACAUCUGGAGGCCAUGCAGAGCACGAUGGCAAGCCGUACUGCAACCACCCCUGCUAUGCCGCCUUGUUCGGGCCCAAAGGGUUCGGCCGGGGAGGAGCCGAGAGCCACACGUUCAAGUAACCCUCAGGUCUGAUGGCCAGGGUUCCCAGCACAGCCCCCGAAGACAGCGCAAACGCACCCGCGACAGACAUGCAUUUUUGUUUUUCAUUCACUCUGUACUAAACUAGCACCUUAAAAGCAAUAAGUAACCGAGGCUGGGGCUGGUGUGGAAAGGGGGCUCCGCUCCAGAUGGAGCACUGCCAGGUUGGGGGCGUUGGGACGCCCUGCCGGCGAGGAAAUUUGGCCGGUAUGGCUGAAGGCUGCCUGGAGAGGAGACCGCACCCUUCCAGCCAAAACCCAGCCCUGCUUUUGGCAUCCAGCUGUCGUGGCUGGGCCCACAGUUGUAUUCUCAGUCUUUAAUAAACCCAGACCGAAAGAUGCUUC